AUGCCACGCGAGCCUUUCAACGUCGUCAUUCUCGGCGCAUCAUUCGCUGGUCUUUCGGCGGCACACUACUUCUUGGACAACAUCGUCAAAAGUCUGAGCACCAUCGCCAACCCACCGAAAUACCGUGUGGUCCUCACAUCACCCUCUAGCCACUUCUACUGGAACGUUGGUGCACCGCGAGCGCUGGUCUCACCCAGUUUGAUACCUCAUUCGCAAUCCUUUGUAUCGAUAGAAGGGGGCUUCAAACAGCAUCCGUUCACGGAUUUCAGCUUUAAGCAGGGCACCGUCAUCGCAGUGGAUCCCAGCGCACGGAAUGUAACCGUCAUUCUCGCGUCCCCUACCUAUAAUCCUCGUGGCUCUACGUCAACGCGCAAGACCUCUCACGCGUCUUCUGCCAGCAAAACCCAUACAGCGUCCUCCAGAUUCAGUACUAUACAGACGGUACCAUAUCAUGCCCUCAUACUGGCGACCGGUAGCUCUGCCAUCUCGCCUCUGCUCUCCCUACACGGUCCACAUGAGAACACCAUAAAUGCUCUCAAUACAUUCCAUGACAAGGCGAAUCAAGCCAAAAGUAUCCUCAUAGUCGGUGGAGGACCUUCAGGCGUAGAAAGCGCAGGCCAGCUAGCAACCCACUUCAAAGCCGGCCCGAAGAAACUGAAGUUUCGCCCCACGCAGCCCAAGUCCAGCGAAGGGAGUGCAGAAUCCAAGCGUCUUAGUGGAGGCUCCUGGGGAUCCGGCAAGCAGUCAGCGUCCAGCCAGGAUGCGAAUCCCAAACUCAAAACUAUGACCCUCCUCUCCGGCAGCGACCGUCUCCUCCCUCGACUCUCCCCAGCCGUAAGCAAAAAAGCCGAGAAGAAGCUCAAGCGCCUGGGCGUCCACGUCGUGCACAACAUCCGACAGCUCGCCCUCUCCGAAAACCCCGACGGCACCGUGAACUGCCACAUGAACAAUGCCAUGACCAUCACCGCAGACGUGCACAUCGCCGCGACAGGCGUCGAGCCCAACACUGCAUACCUCCCGCCCGAGCUCGUCAACGGCGACGGCUACGUCGUUACAGACCCGACCUACCUCCGCGUCUACGGCGCGGGCGACAGAGUCUACGCGCUCGGCAACUGCGCGUCCUACUCCAAGAAUUGCGUCUUGGACGUCUACGACGCGCUGCCGGUGCUGAUGCACAACCUCAAGAACGAUCUACUGGCAUACGAGCUGAGGUCGGAGGCGAAGAAGGGGUUUGAGGGAACCAUCGCGGCAUUGCAGGAUCUGAGGUAUGAGCAGAAUCCGACGGAGAGCCAGCUCAUUCCGAUCACGAGGAGGGGAGGCGUUGGGGUUAUUUUUGAUGUUAAGGUGCCGAGUCCGCUGGUGCAUUGGCUUAAGGGGAGGGAUUACGGGGUUGGGAGGGCGAGGGCGGUGGUGGAGAAGGGGAAUAAUCCUUACACGCCGGGGUUGGCUAAGAAGUAG